AUGGUGGAUACCGAGCGCUUCGCGGGGAAUCACGAUCUCGAGCAGGUUUUAACGGUUUAUGUGGGGAUAGAGUUAGAGUCCCUCAGCCCUUCACCUCUCCCCUCCCCUUUCCUGGCUUUGCCCCCCAAGAGGAGUCAUCGCUGCCCUACACACCCUGGGCAGCCCGGGGAAGAUCCCUACCAGCUCGGGGAAUGUGCCAAGAACAGGACUUUUGCUGAUGGAAAGGAGUGUGGAAGUGAAUCUGAUCUCUAUGGACUUGUGUCAAAUAUCCUGGAAGAGGCAGACCACAUGGAUACAGACUUUGCAGAAGAGGCACUAUCAAGUUUGAAGUCUGUAUGGUCUCCCAAGUCAGUGAGGGAAGCCAACAGCCAACAAUACUUCCUCUCAGAAUCAAAAAUGCAAUCAAAUUCCUUUCCGGUCUAUCCUGAGCCAUUUAAUCAAUGCCACAGGCAGCUCUCAGAUAAAGAGCCACAACAGAAGAUUGUGCAUCACCAAAGUUUCAACGGCUUUGACGUCAAAAACCAGUGGCUCUUUCCGCCCAGCAAUGGCGAUACGGAUACGUACUCUCUGCAGACUCAGGACAUGGAGAGGGUGUUGUGUCAGGAGGGAUCAAUGGGAGGGAACUCCUUUCUGCCGAAGAACAAACCGGAAACGGAUUACGGUUCAGUCGGAAAGCUGGACGGGCGCUCUCAUCACAUCGACGGUGUCGCGUCCUCUUUUGGCUUACAGAACCGACUGAACGACUACUUCUUCGGUUGCAACGCCAGCCAUUUGACGCACGGACGGGUCAAGCCCCACAGGAGCAAGCAGUUCCCGCUUCCUGAGGGAAACAUGUUGGCCAGGGACAUGCAGGGGCUUCUGGUGAGUGAAGCAGACUCGUUCAGCAGGGAGUCGCAGAACAGGCAGGGCGGACAGAGAGAGUUUGAUGAACAGGUACCCGAGCAGCAGAGCUUCUCAUACCCCAAGAUCCCAGCUCUCGAUACACAGGUCCUCCAGUUUAAGAAGGAGCAGGCCGGGGACUUUAGAGAGUCCCUCAAUAGCAGGACCAAGACACAAUCACCGACGGGCAACUACUACGCCAAAGAUUUCCCAGGGCCUCAGCAUGCCGAACACUUACAGCCACCCAAAGGCUUUUCACCUUCUUUCACUGUGCCAGCACCUGCCCUCAGCAAACACAUGGAUAAUUAUUCCCUUCCCAACCAGCAUCCCCCUCAUCAAAGCCAGCUAGGCCACUACCUCAAUCAAGUCAAGCAGCCUAAUGGAAAUGGAGCCGCAUCCGGGCUGUCUAAAAUGCUGUCGCACUCGGUGUCAGAGUUCGUGCCCCAGCAUCAGGCGGAGAGAGCAGUGUCGUGCCUCACGGAUUACGCACAGGGAGACGGCCCCCACGUCCCAAACAGGGCCGCUCAGAGCCAGGCUGGGUUAAACCUGGAGGGAUUAAGGAAAGGAGGAGACAGCAGUCAGUUUGAGCCAGACAAGAACACGAUGCACUGUAACCUCGCCAGCGAGGGGCAGUCUCCCCUGCGCUUUGAGGGGAAAAUGAAGCCACAGACCCAGAGAGAAGGGGAUAGGAAGCCUGGGUUUCAGCCCGAGACUUACCUUGAUUUUCUGGGAAGAGUGUACGGUUCGCAAAGGCAUGCGGGUGGGAACUUUGGCGUGAACACCUCGGGAAAGAAGGAGCCUUCUGCUCUGUUCCCAUAUGUGUGUGCUGUGGGCGACCCCAGGAAGAAUCCCUACCAGCUGCAGCUUGGCAUCGGAGGCUUCCCGCCCAGGUCAGCCUUCCCAUAUGGCAACCCGGUCACAUUUAUGGAUCUGUGCAACCUGCUGCCAGAUGGCGAGUUCCUGCCCUUCAACCCCUACCUCCAUGACAUGAGUGGAGACGGGCCAUUCCUGGGCAUGGCAGCCACAAUGAGGUCCCCGCGGCUUGUGAAGAACCACUGCGCCCCCACCGGCCAGCUCCACUACCAACUGGAGGAGUGUUAUGAACAAUGGAGGGUCCUGGAGAAGGAGAGGAAAAAGGCUGAGGCAAUCCUUGCAAGGUAUUAUCCUGGGAAACGAGUUUCAGCAGUGAGCUGCAGCGCCUUCCCAAAAGUCCCACCAAAUCCUUCCCGAGUUGACCGUCUCAUUGUGGACCAGUUGCGCGAACAAGCCAGG